AUGAUUCUGGAAAGUGAAAACAACAGGCUGCAGAAGGCCUUGUCUGUAAAGGAAAGCACUAUUUCUAGUGUGCACUCGCUGACGCAGCAGGUUCAGUCUCUAUCUAAACAGCUCAGAGACAGAGAAACACUCAUCCACUCACAGAAAAAAAAAACUCCACCCUUCAGGGCAGAAGAGGAGGAUGACGACGAGUCAGGCAAGGACAGCGCCUAUAUCACCAGCUCCCGGGACAAACCGUCCACCUCUGUCCACCUCACAUCAACAAAGGAACAGCAGAGAGCAGAACAUGAGUUCAGCUGGUCAGACAGCAAUGAAUCAGACACACAAAAACCACAUGGUUCAGUUGUUCAAACGCUGGCAAGAAGUUUAGAAAAGCAGCUGAGCAUCACAAAACCUGUAGGAGGAAUACGAGUCCUGCCUCCAGCCUCUCAAACUUCACCUCGACCCUCCAUCAUCAAACAACAGGCGUGCCAGUUCUUUGAGAAGUGUUUCGUCAAUUACUCUUACUUACAGUCUCAUGUUCAGCACCGGCACCCUGAGAUCACCGAUGCAGAGAGACAUAAGAAGAUGCAAGUGGAGCAGAUGAAGAAUGAACUGGAGGAACUAAAGGAGAAACUAAGACUGACUCAGAGUCGCCUCGAAGCCGAGAGAGAGGCAGAUGUGUAUCGGAGACAGCAGGAGAUGGAGGAGCAGCGGAGAAGAGAAGCAUCAGACCGGGAGAUAAUGGAGAGAUGCAAAGAGGAGGUGAAAAGGACGUUUUACGAUGAAAUCGACGGCCUGAUAAAGCUUCUUCACCAGGAGUUUGAGCAAAUAAAAAGCAAGAUCAUCUCCAUAGAGUCUAAACUACAUGAGCUGGAGAGCAGAGAGAGAAACAUGUCUAAUCUAAGAGGUCAGAAUGAAAUUGAGAAAGAACAAUGGAGGAUCAGAGAGAGAGAGCUGAAGGAGCAGAUGAAGAAUAAAUUGAAGAAGAAAAUUGAAGAGCUGCAGAACAGACACCAGCAGGAGAAAGCGAAGCUGGAAAGUGAAAACAACAGGCUGCAGAAGGCCUUGUCUGUAAAGGAAAGCACUAUUUCUAGUGUGCACUCGCUGACACAGCAGGUUCAGUCUCUAUCUAAACAGCUCAGAGACAGAGAAACACUCAUCCACUCACAGAAAAAAAGAACUCCACCCUUCAGCUCAGAAGAGGACGAUGAUGACGAGUCAGGCGAGGACAGCGCCUAUAUCACCAGCUCCCGGGACAAACCGUCCACCUCUGUCCACCUCACAUCAACAAAGGAACAGCAGAGAGCAGAACAUGAGUUCAGCUGGUCAGACAGCAAUGAUUCAGAUGAAUCAGACACACAAAAACCACCUUCUCUGUUCUCUUUGGUCUCGAACGCUGUUCAAACGCUGGCAAGAAGUUUAGAAAAGCAGCUGAGCAUCACAAAAAAACCUGUAGGAGGAAUACGAGUCCUGCCUCCAGCCUCUCAACCUUCACCUCGACCCUCCAUCAUCAAACAACAGGCGGUGUCUGAUGAAGAGAGUGACCUGGACUUAUCAUCCAUUGAGGAGCUCGCUGUGCCACCCACAACCGGGCGCAGAAGCUCAGACGUGGCCGUCACCUCAGGCACUAGCGUAUGGAGCUCAGCUGCCAGCAGAGCAGGAGCAUGGUGAAGGGCUUUAAUGUUCUUAAAUGAACUCUUCAAUUUCUUCAUUUAAGUUUAAGUCUAAGUUUUAAGUCUUAAAACUGUCACUUGCCUUCUUUAAUUAGCACUUACACUCUUAACCCAAAUUAGUUGACAUUACUAGAAAUUUGCGAGGAAACCCGUUGCACGAAACCAUUUUAG